AAGAACAGAGGUUGGAACCAGAUGAAGGAAAGGAUGAAUUAGAAGUUUCUGUCUCGCUGGUCGCUAUACUUGGUGGAUUAGCUGGAGCUAUUGCAUCGUCGGUUGCCACAUAUGCUACAGUGAAAAAACUCUGUUGCAGAAAAAAAGAUAAUGCUUAUAAAUUUAACAAGAACAACGAUCAACAAGGUAAAGGCGACGCGAAACCUUCAUCAUAGAAAACGUUUUUAUUAAUUUGGUAUAAAUAUCCGAUAUAAUUUUUAAAUAAGUAUACUUCAGUUACAUACAGACAGAAAUCAGAAUAUAUAUUUUUUUAUUUUUGCAUGGUCUUAAAAUAUAAUAAAAGAAACAUUUUCAUUCUGCCUAUAUGUCUAUUGAGUUUUGGUGACGAAGCUUGAAUAUGAAUUAUCAGUUUGAAACUUUGUCACGAUGAUUUUGAACACGUUUCUUUUUCUAACCUACGGUGUCCUUAUCAUGUGUCUGUCAAGAACAUUCAAUUUCAUUAAUUAUGUAUUAUUUAUGUAUAUUUUUACUUUUUAAAUUGACUUAAAAUAUGUGUUUUCUUCCAAAUAUAUGCGUGAAAAUUUGCA